GAUAUAUUUCCCAGCGGCGAAAUUUCUUUGGUUACUGCGGACGCCAUCUUCAUUGUUGUUGUAUCUGCAGCUCCUCUGUCACUCAUGGCGACGUUUUCGAGGUCCAAAGGAACUAGAUCUGCUUCCCCGCUUAGAAGCAGUGCCCCAGACAAUUUGCGUCGUUCUGGAAGCUUUGGAAAAUCGGGAAGAAAUUUAGCGGCUUCGUUCGAAUCCAAAUCUGGGAAGCAUACAAGAUCUUCUUCUUCCAAUGCUACAGUUGGGAACAUUGAAAAUGAGUACAUCAGAAAUCUUCAGCAACAGAUUUAUUUCCUUGAAUUGGAAGCUAACUAUCUACGUGAGCAGGCACGAAAAGCUUCAGCAAUCCCUCCUCGAGUCACUGAGGAAGCAGACCGUAUGAUGCGGAAGCUGAGGGAUCUUCAGGCUCAGGUGGAUGAACGAUCUUCUGAUGUCGUCAGGAAAGAGUCGCAAAUGAACAUGUUGGAAGCUGAGAAAGAUGCCGCAGUCAAAAGGCUUAGAGAUGCUGAAGAGUCACAUGCAGCCGAAAAGCGACAGUUGGUAAAUGAGGUAGUGUCACUGAAAAAGAUGUCUGACCUUCAUGAGCGUGAUUGUGCCAGACGAGACCUACAGGUUCAUCAAUACAAGAAUGAAGCUGAUAAAGGACUCACUGCUUUACAAGAAGCAGAGAGAAAAGUACAGAACUAUAGAAUAGAGGUGUGUUAGAAAUCAGGUUAAUUAUCUAUCA